GGCACGCUGGAGUCGGAUGAGGACUACUGUGUGUGCUUGCUGCGGUCUUCGUUCGAUGCAGCGCUCGCGUCGUUCCCUGGUGGCGAGCUGGCAUCUGCAGACCGGGCGCUGGCGCGAGCGAACUGGGCGCCGGGUGAUGACGUGGACGGCGACGUCUUCCUCGGCCUACGUGUCGGAGCCAUCCGCAGCACCUUCGAGAGCACGGGCAUGAUGCUCGCCGCGAGCCCACCGCCGAGCUUCGCCCGCCAGGAGCUGCAGAAGAUCCUUGUGCGAGAAGGGCCGAUGGCCUUCCACGCGUUUCUGGAUGACUGGGGCAUCAGCCUGCGGCCUGGCGACGUCGAAGAGCUGGCCUGGCUGUACAUCUCCAGGGCCCUGCAGACGGGGCCCCCGGGGCCCGUGCCCGACCUCUGGGGCGAGGGCACCAGCCCGCCCGAGGAGCACGUCUUCCUGGCGCGCGUGCCAGAGGCGCAGGAGCUGUGCUGGACGGCGGCCCUGCCAGCGGAGCGCUUCUCGGGCAUCCU